AUGAAUAAACGAACAACUUUACCAAUAUUAUCUAGUAAUGGACGAUCUAUUUCAACAACUCCAUCAGGACGACCUAGAUCAAAUAUCAGUUCAUCAGCUUCUAUUCAUCGAAUAAAUCUAGGUAGUUCUUGUUCAAAUCAUAUUUUUCCAUGUCGUCUUCCAUUGAAAAAAAUCAAACCUGAACCAUGGCAACGACUUUUUGAUGGUGAAAAACGACAAGUUUAUAGUCAACAAGGAUUAACUAUGACAAAAAAUAAACAAAAUGUUGAUGCACGUAUAAAUGAAGAAUUUUUUAAUUUAACAGAUGAACAAACAAAACUUGAUGAAAAUUCUCAACGUGGUGCUCUUCCACCACCAAUUCAAGCACAUAUUGAUAAUUUAUGUGAACAAAUUGAUGAUUUAGCAUUACAAUUAGCUGAAGAACGACUCAAUCAUAAACAAACACGAGCUAAAGCUCAAGAAAUUCUUACUAAUCAAUUACAAAAUCAAAAUAAACAAUUUCAAGAAUUACUUCAUCAUAAAAUGCUUGAACAUGAGAAAGAACUUGAAGAUCUUAAUGAAAAAAAUUCAAAAUCCUUAGAUGAAGAACAAAAUCAAAGUCAUAAACGUGAACAAGAUUUAAAAAAUGAACUUGAAUUUUUAAAAACUUCAUUUCAUUCAUAUAAAAUUAAUCUUGAUAAAGAAAAUGUUGAAAAAAAUCAAAUUAAAAUAAAUGAAGGAUUAGAAGAAAUGAAAAAAGAAUUUCGAACAAAAGAAAAUGAAAUGAAUCAAAAAAUAAAUGAAGCUAUUAUUAAAGAACGAAAAAAUCUUAGUGCAAGACAAAAAAUGGAAAUUGAAAAUCUACGAAAACAACAUCAAAAAGAAAUUGAUACAAUUCAUAAAACUUUUGCUGAUUCAGCUUUUGAUCGAGCACGUGUUGAAACAUUAACUAAAGAAUUAACAUCAACUAAACUUGAACUUGAUGAUUCAAAAGAACGUGUUGUUAAUUUAACUCUACAAUUAAAAGAUCUAGAAAUUCAAUAUGCUGAAACGACUCGAGAAUUAAAUGAUUUUCGUACACGUUUUGAUGAAAAAACAAAAGAAAUUGAAAAACUUUAUGCUGGACGACUUGAUCAAUUACAAUUACAAAAUGCUGAUCUACGAAAUAUGUAUAUGAAAAAAUGUGCUGAACUAGUCGAUGAACGAACAUUAACACAACAGAAAAUUGAUGAACAAGUUAAUUUUACACGAAAACAACUUCAACAAAAAUUACUUAACAUUCGUAUAACAUCUGCUGUUCCAUUAAAUACUGAUAAUCAAACACGUCGUUUAAGUACAUAUGCUACAGCUUCUCAAUAUGAAUUAUCUCCAACACGUUGUCGUUCAGCAUUUGCUACUUCUCAUCCUGUUUCAGCUACGAAUAAUAAAUUAACCAUUGAUAGUAAUAAUACAACAGAUUUUACACUUCAUAAUAUUCGUCGUGAAACAAAAUUACGUCGUCGUACUAGUGUACCAAUAACUGAAGAAGAACAAGAUAUUGCUCGAUAUUUAACGUCAACAUCAAUUAUAAAAAGACCUGAUUCAUUAUCUUCGAAAUAUAAUUUUGAAAACGAACCAACAAUGAUUAAAAAUCUUAGCUUAGAAGAUCUUCAAGAAACAUUUAAGUCAUAA